CUUCUACCAGUUCGUCGAUAUUAUUCAUUGCAUUCCACUUCAUAUGAUUCGACUGUUAUCAACUCGCUCAUUGAGGGCCCUGCGAGUUCUUCGAUACUCUACUGCCUACGAGUCACUGCCAAUUAACAAAAAAUGGUCAGAGAUAGCAAAGAAAGCAAUGAGAGGAAAAGAGCCGGAUUCGCUCAUAUGGCACACACCCGAAGGCAUUAAUAUCAAACCGUUGUACCUCAAAGAGGACAGAAAAUGUGAUGCUGAAAGACCUGAUGAGAAACGGAUUCAGUUGCCCGGAUGCUAUCCGUAUACUCGUGGGCCUUAUCCGACGAUGUAUACCCAAAGGCCAUGGACAAUUAGGCAGUAUGCGGGCUUCUCAACAGUCAAGGAAUCAAACGAAUUCUACAAGGCAAAUAUAGCGGCUGGGCAACAAGGACUUUCCGUAGCGUUUGAUCUCGCCACCCAUAGAGGCUAUGAUUCGGAUAAUCCGAGAGUAACCGGAGAUGUUGGCAUGGCUGGAGUUGCUGUGGAUUCAGUUGAAGACAUGAAAGAACUUUUUGAUGGGAUUGACCUAUCAAAGAUGAGUGUUUCGAUGACAAUGAAUGGAGCAGUUAUACCCGUCCUUGCAAUGUAUAUCGUCGCUGCAGAAGAGGCAGGAGUAGCGCGCAAAAAUCUCAAAGGAACUAUUCAAAACGACAUUCUUAAAGAGUUUAUGGUCCGUAACACAUACAUCUAUCCACCAGAACCAUCGAUGCGUAUAAUUGGCGAUAUCUUCGCCUAUAGCAGCAAAGAAAUGCCAAAAUGGAAUUGUAUCUCAAUUUCUGGCUAUCAUAUGCAAGAAGCUGGAGCCGACGCAGCUCUUGAGAUGGCUUUCACAAUAGCCGAUGGUCUGCAGUACUGUCAAACGGGGAUCGACGCUGGACUGAGCAUUGACUCGUUUGCACCUCGUCUCAGCUUCUUCUGGGGCAUCAGCAUGAAUUUCUAUAUGGAAAUAGCAAAAAUGCGAGCUGCUCGCCGUCUUUGGGCUGAAAUCAUGCAACAGCGAUUCAAGCCGAAGAAGAAGAAGUCACUCUUACUGCGUACUCAUUCACAAACUAGUGGAUGGUCGCUCACAGAGCAGGAUCCGUACAACAACAUCGUCCGAACAACUAUCGAAGCGCUGGCUGCUGUGUUUGGUGGAACACAAUCACUUCACACAAACUCGUUCGAUGAAGCGAUAGCUUUGCCUACGAAAACGUCUGCACAUAUUGCCCGAAACACUCAAAUCAUAAUUCAGGAAGAGAGUGGAAUCUGCAAGGUUGCUGAUCCAUGGGGAGGGUCCUAUCUGAUCGAGUCAUUGACGGACGAAAUUUAUCAAAAAGCAAGAAAAAUCAUAGCCGAAGUUGACGAACUUGGUGGAAUGGCCAAAGCAGUAGCAAGUGGCAUGGCAAAAACAAAAAUUGAAGAAUCUGCUGCUAAAAAACAAGCUCGAAUCGAUUCGGGCAAAGAUGUGAUUGUUGGUGUUAAUAAGUAUCUAACAGAUGAGAAAACACAAUUUGAAGUGCUAAAAGUAGACAACAAAAAAGUCGCUGAAACACAAUUUCAUAGGUUAGAACAACUACGUAAUUCAAGAGAUCAUCAUGCUGUGGAUCGAACUCUUGAAGCCCUUACCAAAGGAGCUGCCGGCAAAGAAAAUCUUCUUGCUUUGGCCGUUGAAGCUGCUCGGGCCCGCUGUACAGUGGGAGAAAUAAGUCUAGCAAUGGAGAAGGUCUUCACCCGCUAUGUUGCUCACCACAAAUUAUUGACUGGUGCAUAUAAGUCCUCAUACGGAAACAGUGACAAGAUAGCUGAGCUGAAUGAACGAAUCAAAAAAUUCGCCGAAAAGGAAGGUCGUCAACCCCGUAUAAUGGUCACAAAAAUGGGCCAGGAUGGGCACGAUCGUGGAGCAAAAGUUAUUGCGUCUGCAUUCGCGGACUUUGGGUUUGAUGUGGAUGUUGGACCCCUCUUCCAAACCCCUAGUGAAGCUGCUCGAGCAGCCGUCGAUGCAGAUGUUCAUGUGAUUGGAGUCAGCUCUCUAGCUGGUGGUCAUCGGACCCUUGUUCCACAACUUAUUCAAGAACUGGUGAAACUGAAGAGAGAGGACAUUCUGUUGGUAGUAGGAGGGGUGAUACCCGAACAAGAUUUCGAUGAUCUCUACAAAAUUGGUGUGCAUCUGAUUUUUGGACCGGGCACUAAAAUUCCUGAAUGCGCCGAAAAGAUCAUCGAAAAACUUGAAGAAGAUCAAGAGAGACGCGAGGCCGCAUUAUAAGAGUUUUUGUGUUUUUCUUUUCUGUUGAACACACAAAUGCAUCAAUGGCACUGUCACCUUAUGAUCAGUGACAGUUCGUCGUGUUUAGCUUCUUGUAGGAAUAAAUGUUUGGAG